ACGCUCUCAAAUGCUUCGACAAUGAAAAUGGAGGUCUGCUUUGUGUGUAGAGUGGCAAACAUUUUAGGAUAUUUAGGCUCGGGGGCAGAUUAAUGUCUGAAUUUAUUUUUGAUAUUCACGCUAUGUAAAUUUUGCUCGUCGUCAUUUGAGCCAAUUUCAAGGUAUAUAUUGUGGAGAAUGAUGGUCAACGCCUACAGUUUUGUCUUGCUGCUAUGGAUUGUGUUGGCUGACUCCUUGAAAUACAGAUUCCCGACAUAUUACAUGGAGAAGACCUGUGACCAGACCAUCUCAGGUCACGAGUCCGCCCGCGUCGAGAUUAGCACAGGACUCCUCUACCAGCGGAACAUGAACUGCAGGGUGACCCUCACCGUACCGGACGGAGUCGACAUGUUCCUCUACUUUAAAAGGUUCUCACUUGAGAAACCCUUUAAGGGCGUCUGCGUGGACUAUCUGGACAUGUAUAAGGGUCCCCCAUCAGCGCCGGUGAGGGUCUACAAGGAUAAGUUGUGUGGGGAGAAACUUCCGUGGACUAUGAACAUAGAGGCGUCUACCCUGACGCUGCAUUUUGUCAGUGAUCGGAGCGCUGAUGAUAUGGGGUUCGAACUCCUCUACGCAGCAAGUAGGACUUGCCUUGGUGAUACGAACAGCACAUCACUGCAAUGUGGCGACGGGGACAUCUGCCUUGAUAAAUCACUGAUCUGUGAUCGAGUACAACAGUGCCCGGAUGGAAGAGACGAAAGGAACUGUACAAUUCCUGCGCCACAACCAGAUGAAUCUAUCCCAAUCAUCGCCGGGUCAACCGUUGGUGGGACUGCAGUAUCUGCUCUCCUUGUCUACCUAUGCUACUUGCUGUACCAGUACGUCCAGGAAAGGAGGAUCCUCAGACGGUGUGAGCAGGUCAAACUAGAGGACACCUACCCCAUCACUAAGCUCUACCGGAAUUCAACAUUCUUUGGCGGAUCGAAUGGGCGUGAGCAGCAGAGAAGUCGCAACGCAUUGGGGCGAAGCAGUGAUUAUUUGGGGCGAACCAGUGCCGCGUCAAUGGGGCGAACCAACUCUGCGGGGCUCGGCGGCAGAGAGAAGAUUGGUAAAGAUGGAAUAUUCGUUGAUGAGAGACGAAGCCAGCCUGAUGGGCAGAUGAAAUCGUUAAAGGAGAAAGACGAACUGAUCGAGGAUCAGGAGAAGUAGACGCCUUCAUUUGUGCUGUAUUCUUCCACCGAAGCAGCGGGUCUGCUUUGUGAAACAUUGCUAUAUAUUGUGGGACCAACAUGUACUUACUUCACGAGUGUUAAACUGUGCCCAUAUAGUCAUAAUCAUAUAGCCAUCAGUAAAAAAACGUCGCAGAUUAUCAUUGUUCCAUAUCAUUGCUCCACGUGGCAAAUUAUCAUUGUUCGGUUUUGUUGUCCAAAGAGACACGGGCCCAGGUACAUGUUGGACGUGUCAAAUUUUGUUCUGGCUUACGAACUUUUUAUGAAAUAUACAAAGAACAACCUAGAUAGCGAAACUCUCCUUUCCUUAUUUGAUAGCCUAUUUUCAGGACAAAUUCAAACGAUCCAUUUACUAACACAUUGGU